AGGGCGCAGGGGAUGCAUGGGGGGGGCUGUCCAGCAUUCGGGUCUGGAACCUUGAGAGGCACGAACCCCUCGAGCUGCCCUCGAGCCUGUGCGCGCGCCCCCUCCUCUGUCUCAUCUUCCUUGCCCGCUCUUCUAGUCCCCCGUGCCUUUCCCUUGGCCUUUGCUGGCCCGCAGCACGGUCCUGAGCGCUCGGGUCGGCCCAGAGCUCGCGCCUCCCCACGCACCCGAGCCGCGGGGAGGAGGAAAAGGAAGGCGCGCGGGGGGGGUGGGGGUGGAGGGGGGGGUAAGGAAAGGAGGGUCUCGGGCUUGCGGGGGCAAUGGUGACGGCCCAGGAGGAGCCCUCCUCGGGGCGCGGGAUGAAGCCCAGCCCUCAGCCUGAGGGGGGCGUCUCCUCCCAGCCCGCCGAGAGACUCGAGAUGCCCGCGGACGGGGAGGCGCAGGGGUCCCCGGGGCGGCCCGUGCCCGAACCCCCCGAGGGCGGCUGGGGCUGGGUGGUGAUGCUCGCGGCCAUGUGGUGCAAUGGAUCGGUGUUCGGCAUCCAGAACGCGUGCGGCGUGCUCUUCGUGUCCAUGCUGGAGACCUUCGACUCCAAAGACAACAAGGCGAUGGUGUUCAAGACAGCUUGGGUGAGUUCUUUGUCCAUGGGGAUGAUUUUUUUCUGCUGCCCUAUAGUGAGUGUGUUCACAGACAUAUUUGGAUGUCGCAAAACGGCCGUUGCUGGAGCUGCUAUAGGAUUCAUUGGACUUAUGUCUAGUUCUUUUGUAAGCUCCAUCGAGCCUCUGUAUCUCACAUAUGGAAUUAUAUUUGCCUGUGGCUGCUCAUUUACAUACCAGCCAUCGUUGGUCAUUUUGGGACAUUAUUUCAAGAAACGCCUGGGACUGGUGAAUGGCAUCGUCACUGCUGGUAGCAGUGUCUUCACAAUAUUACUCCCUUUUCUUUUAAGGGUACUAAUUGAUAAUUUGGGCCUCUUCAAUACACUCAGAGUCUUAUGCAUCUUCAUGUUUGUCCUUUUUCUCGCUGGCUUUUCCUAUAAACCCUUUCAUGGUGAUGCCAAAUAUAAAGACAAUCAGCAAAAAGGAGAGAAAAAAUUCUUUCUCUUUUCCAGGAGAAAGUUCAGCCCUCCCAAAAAGAUUUUUAAUUUCUCCAUCUUUAAGGCCAGAGGUUAUUCAGUCUGGGCUUUUGGAAUCCCACUUGCACUUUUUGGAUAUUUUGUGCCUUAUGUUCACUUGAUGAAUCAUAUAAAAGAGAGAUUUGCAGAUGAAUCAAAUAAAGAAGUAACUCUAAUGUGCAUUGGAAUCACUUCAGGAGUUGGACGAUUGGUCUUUGGCAGAAUUGCAGACUUUGUGCCUGGUGUUAAAAAAGUUUACUUACAGGUUAUCUCAUUUUUGUUCAUUGGCCUGAUGUCUAUGAUGAUUCCACUGUGUAAUGUCUUUGGGGCACUCAUAGCUGUCUGCCUUUUCAUGGGUCUCUUUGAUGGAUGCUUCAUUUCUAUCAUGGCACCCAUUGCCUUUGAGUUAGUUGGUGCCCAGGAUGUCUCCCAAGCUAUAGGAUUUCUGCUUGGAUUCAUGUCUAUACCUAUGACUGUGGGCCCACCCAUUGCAGGUUUACUUCGGGAUCACCUAGGUUCUUAUGAUGUGGCCUUCUACCUCGCUGGGAUCCCACCCCUGCUGGGAGGAGCUGUCCUUUGUGCAGUCCCAUGGAUCCACGAAAAAUGGAAACAAAAAGAAAUGAGCAUCAGGGGAGAGGAAAAGCUGGAGAAAAUGUUGGAGAACCACUCCCGAGUUCAUCAGGGAUAAAUAAAGACUCUGAUCCUGUUUUGUAAUGCUCCGGGCUUCUGUCAGACUGGACUUGCUUUCCAAAGUUACAGCAAGUUUUCUUUUUUAUGAAUUGGAAAUUUUUUUUUUUUUUAAAGAUAGCAUUAUAGGAAUAACACUAGAACGGUAAAACAAGAUCAUUACCCAGCAAGUAUCCUUUCUUAACAAUGAAUCAAAGCUUUCUGACAUUUCUGAGACCUAGGGCAGGAACUUUGGUACUGAGGGAAAAAAAGACAUAAAAUCAAAUCACAAUUGUGUAUGAGAGAAAAAUUUAGGCUUCUCACAAGAAAAGUCUGGAAAUUGUGGAAGCUACUUAGCAUGUAUAAAGAUUAUAAAAUACCUCAAGCUAGACUGAAGGGUUGCAGUCUGAUUAGGACCAGAAAUCUUUUUUGGUUACUAAACUAUGGUACUGAUCAGUUCUGGUAUCUCUGUUUUUAACUUCUUGUGCUAUGUUAAAUAAUUAAGAAAAAUAAAGCAUAGAUCUUAGCCUUCCCCGGAAGAUUGAUACUUAAAUUUUAUGCUUUGCUGCUGCUAAGUUAUGAAAUGUGUUCAUAUUCCUGAACUUGUUCCAGUGUGAAUUCCUGUUUUUGAGCCAAAAGAGGCCUUUAAUGGGGCAGGAGCUGAAAUGUAUGCACACUAAAUAUGUAAGGCACAAAUGUCACCAGUGCUCUUACAAGCAGAGUGGUGCAGAAUUCAGUCAUUUCUUCCAUUUUAUAUUCCCCACUGUAGGUCUACAGUGUGUUUUAACACUUGAAUGGCCUGUAAUUUGCAGGGUCUAAAAAAAUAAACCCCCAACCCAAAUUAACUGAAGAUUUUGAAUCACAACCCCAAGUACAAUAGAAUGAAUUAGAGAGAACUUGAUAACUUGUAUUUUAAAUUCUUUUGCUAUUCUGGGUCUACUAGGUCCAAAAAAGGUGAUUAUUUUCUUUAGAGGCAUGUUAAGCAUGCACCAAGCUGCAGUUAUACGCACAAAUAGACAAAAAUCUUAUCUUCAUGCAGUUUCCAUUUCUAAUAGAACUAAAUUGCUUAAAAUCUUAUCUAUGAAUGUAAUGGGUCUGUUUGUGACUUGAAAACAUUUGUCAAACAAUUUUACAUUACCAUAACUGUGUGAAAAAAAAUAUUCAAUGUCUUUCUUAGUUCCCUUUCUAUUAACAUUCCUGCCACGUAUGCCCUAAAAAUAAACUGCUAAUUAAGUUACCACUCA